GGAAUUAGGCCUGCAUCAUUGGCAAAAGUAAAGGAUCCUGGAGUUAAAGCAUUUAUAGAAAAAUGUAUUGCAAAAGUUUCUGAGCGGCUGUCUGCUAAGGAACUAUUGAUGGACCCCUUUCUCCAGUCAGAUGCUGAUUCUGGAAGCAUAUCUAGAUCCUUGAGUUCCCACCCCAGACAUGCAGAUAAGAGUGAUGACCCAUCUGACAGUGGAAGAAGUGACCAGGACCCUGUGCCUGAAGGAGGCAGAGAUUUCACAGUGCAGGGGCAAAGAAAGGACCUAAACACAAUUUUUCUUAAACUGCGAAUAACUGAUUCAACAGGUCAUAUUAGGAAUAUUCACUUCCCCUUUGAUAUUGAAGUUGAUACAGCAAAUGCUGUUGCUAGUGAAAUGGUUGAGGAGUUGGACCUGACAGAUCAAGACGUCUCUGCUAUUGCUGAUAUGAUUGAUUCUGAAAUCCGGUCAUAUAUCCCAGAUUGGGCACCAAAGCAAUGUCCUACCAAUCACAGCACUGAUGAAGUGGCUCCUUCUGAGAGCAGUGAAGCUCGUGAAGUUGCUCCGUCUGAGAGCAGUGAUGCUCGUGAAGUUCCUCCUUCUGAGAGCAGUACCUCUGGAGCUUGUGAUGACAUUUCCCCUUCAACAAUGAACUCCACUCUUUCUGGUGGUCUUGUGUUGGAAAGACUUCCUUCAGGUCGUAGGUAUUGGUCUGAUUCGCCAAAAACAACCAACAGUGCGAGCUCUCCACUAAAACCGGGGCCUUCAAACCUGUCACAAGCAGAUUCACCAAUUCCUGAAAGUAGCUGGACUGAAGAAAAUGAACAAUCACCUGUCAGCCAGAAAGAGGAAAGCAGCUCAGCUGAUGGUGCCUUUGAGCAUGAAGAGAGUGAAACUGAACAUGAUAUUGAUGAAGAGGCUGGUGCGGCUCCAGAUUCAAAUUCAAGUGAUAACAGACAAUCUGCUGAUUUAAUUUCCGGGACUGAGCAUUAUUCAUCAGGGGAAAGAAAAAAUCAUAGCAGCAACAAAUGUUCAGAUGACAUUGGAGAUAUCGUGGAGAAACUUGAGACGCUGGUAGAUGAGCAGCGUAAGGAGCUUGAUGAGCUCAGAAAGAAACAUGACUUGGCUAUCUCAGAUGUUAUAAGCAAACUUCCUCCUGAGAUACGCAGUGGAGUGCUUGCUAUGUGUGGUCACAAAAUAUCUCCCCAUAGUCUACGAAAUGAAAGAGGCUGCUCCGCUACACACUCUGAAGGCCCAAGCUCCUCUUUGAAAAUAAUGCUGAAAAGCUUUAGAGUUGCUGGCAGUGGUUACAUGCAAAAUUCAGUAGCUGGAAGUGUUCUGAAU